AUGAUGCUUGUAUUGAUUUUAUAUUAUCACAUCACUGCUAACCAUCGUGCUCCUCCAAAGUAUUGGAAUACAAGGACGGAAGCAUCGUUGAUCCCUCCCAUCGUCCAGCCCGCUUAUGGGAAGCACCAUGCCUUUGUUGUUGUGGAGGCGAAGAGAGAGUGUAGUAAGAUUUUUCGCAAUGAUCAAUAUGGGUCCUAUAGUACUGUCAUGAAGUCCGUCUUGCUUGAUGGAUCCAACACAUUGUUCAAGGCAGUUACGAACAGUAGCCUCCACCUUGUCUUCAAAAAUGAUCCGGAAGACUCUCCCAAAGUUGGUAGUACGCUGCUUGUGGAAAAUUUCGGAAUGAUUGACUUGCAGCCGGCAUAUCCUUUCAAAGUAAGGUUUGUUAUGUUGAUCCACAAGAUGACGUGGGUGACUCCGCCAAGCAUCAGUCUGAAUGCCGAAAAGGAUGUCUGUGAGGUGGAGAAGAAAAAGGUGUUGUCGUAUGGGAAGCAUUAUUUCACCCAACAACGAUUCUGCCAGUUUGCAGUGGACAUUGUCCGCAAGGAGGGCUUGAUGGUUCCGGUUGUUACCACCGAGUAUCAUCCGGAAAGGAAGGAGUUCUACCGUGUCAUCAGUAAGUCGGUUUCUCUUUCUCAGUACCAGGAUGGCAAAUGGAUUCGCAAGUUGAAGUCGAAGGCUGAUUGGUUGAGCAAAAUCCAGAAGAAAAUGUUCAGGGCUCAGCAAGAUGGAAAGAUCAAGGAAGAACGUCCUCUAAUUCAGAUUUACCAGUUCGCCAAGGAAGGUCUCAUGAACUACCCGCCCGGGGUGCGCAACAUGUUCCCAAACAAGAGUGGAACUGGAUACACCACGGUGACACCAAUGACUCGCAAACGUGGUGGUGCAACUUUGCUUCCUCCCUCGCCGAUUGUCUCAGGAUCGCUUUGCCCAGGAUCGCCGGUCUCUAUUAUGCUUUUGAAGAAGAUGGAACGUACCAAACAGCGAAUGAACGAGGCUUCCGAAGAGGUUAGGAGGCGCCAUUUUGCCAAGGUGAACAAGGCGAUGGCGAUGAAGAAGGAUAGUGGCGAAGAUAGUGGCGAUUUCAAGGAAAGUGCAAAAUAUGCCAUCGCGGCUGAUACCACCGCCACCACCGACUCGGAAGAGAGUGUUGGAUCUGUCUAA